AUGGAUCGUGAUGUCUUCGAAGAGAACAUGCGGGUGAAGCGAAUCCCUGCUCAGCCAAGCAUCGGAAAAGCCGAAAAAGUUCCUGCACCUCGAUGCUCUACCGACACAACUGAUACCCUUUUUAACCUUGACAUCAGCUCCAAUAUAUCCAAGAUUCUUCUACCAAUGGAUGCUGAGGAUUCGCCGUGGGGUGAUGUUCCCUCACGUUCAAGCUCCAAUACCAAUCUUACCAAAGCUACAGAAGGAGUAGAACAAGACUCGGCAACCAAAGCAAAACAAUCGCAGGCAUCCUCUCUCUCGGCAACUUCUACGCCAAGAUCCCCAAGUGCCAGAGGCCCUCGGACCCCACGAAAGGUCGGAGCACAAGCUACACGCCUAGAAGCCAUUGAUGACUCUCUUGGACCACUCGGCCCACUGGGCGAGAAUUCCAAUCUCUCAGAACCCGAACUACCUCCUGUACCCCCAUCCAAAGAGCAGACACUACCCACGCGCAAUACCCGCUCAACACCCUCGUCGCAGCCGCCUGUGAACAAGGGUAUGAUAGACUCGGCAGACCUCGUGGAUGACGACAGAAGCUCAACGACGUCGAAACAAAGAUACCCACAGCAAGGCCAUUCGGCUCCUGGGGGAAUAGAGAACUCAAGGAGGUCAACGCAGCCUAGCGUUAGUAUCGAGCAGGCUGCAAGACCCAGUUUUGAUAUUACAGUUGGUGAUCCGCACAAGAUCGGAGACUUGACUAGCAGUCACAUUGUUUACCAAGUUCGGACGAAGACGUCCUCAAAAGCAUACAAGCAGCCCGAAUUUGCUGUCAGCCGGCGUUACCGCGAUUUCUUAUGGCUUUACAAUUCGUUGCACAACAGUAAUCCUGGAGUCGUGGUCCCGCCGCCACCAGAAAAGCAAGCCGUCGGUCGUUUCGACAGCAACUUUGUAGAGUCGAGGAGAUCUGCCUUGGAAAAGAUGCUAAACAAGACAGCCGCCCACCCAGUACUUCAGCACGAUGGUGACCUCAAAAUAUUCCUAGAAAGCGAUGCGUUCAAUAUGGAUGUCAAGCAUCGAGAGCACAAGGAACCCGGCCUCGGCGAAAGCAAAGGAAUGUUCAGCUCUCUGGGACUUGGCAGCACCACCGGCGGCAAGUUUAUUGAGCAUGACGACUGGUUCCACGAUCGGAAAAUUUACCUUGACGCUCUCGAAAAUCAAUUGAAAGCUCUCCUGAAAUCUAUCGAUGCAGUAGUCUCGCAGCGAAAAGCACUCGCAGAAGCAGCAGGCGAUUUCUCCACUUCGUUACAUGCGCUUUCUGCGGUUGAACUCUCCGUGUCCCUUUCCACACCUCUCGAAGGGCUAUCGGACCUACAGCUUCGCAUCCGCGAACUUUACGAACGCCAAGCCCAACAGGAUGUGCUUACGCUUGGCAUCACAGUAGACGAAUAUAUCCGUCUCAUUGCGUCCAUCAAAACUGCGUUUGCCCAGCGCCAAAAGUCCUUCCAUUCCUGGCACAGCGCCGAGGCAGAACUCCAGAAGCGUCGAGCUACCCAAGAGAAAGUAUUGAGGAGCGGAAAGACUCAGCAGGAUCGGUUGAACCAAUUACAAGCUGAUGUCGGGGAUGGGGAAAGGAGGAGUCAUCAGGCGAGACUACUUUUUGAGGACAUGGGGAGACUUAUGAGAGGAGAGCUGGAGAGGUUUGAACGAGAGAAAGUAGAGGAUUUCAAAAGUGGGGUGGAGACAUUUUUGGAGGGAGCCAUUGAGGCGCAGAAGGAGUUGAUCGAGCUAUGGGAGACUUUCCUGAUGCAGCUCGACGCCGACGAGGACGGAGAACCUUUUUUCAAACCACCCACAGUUGCUCCAGCACCAUUACGGCCGAGCGACGAGCAGUCCGAGGGCGGACAGCAGCACCGAGCGCAACAAAAUAUUACGAGCGAAUCAAGGGAGGAUGGUGAGGUUGAGCAUGGGGCCGCGGCUAUUGCCACAACUGAGCAAGCGGAAUAA